CUCAGGAUGAGGCUAGUCCAUGCCUUCGUACGGCACAGUCAUAGUAGAGAUAAAACCAACAGCUGAUCCUGACCUUCUCGCCGCUUCCGCUGCAUCACAUAAGAGCUAUUUCAUUACAUGCCUAGGAUUUGAGAGUCAAUCAUAUCUUCCUACCAUUAUUAGUGUGUCCUGGCAGCACUUCGAGAAUCGCCUUUUCCUCAUUUCAAGUUCCAUGAUCUGCAAAGUUGUCGACGCAAAAUGGCCCAGAAACUAAAACAGGGCACAAAGGUGACGACGGUGCUACGUAAAUUCGGGAUAAACGAGUCGUAUCAACUGGCCAUGUAUCUGCUUGAUCAGUAUCGGGGCACUGUUCUUUCUUGUCGCUAUGCAAUCCCGCGACACCUUACCCCGUCGGAGUCGCGGCCUCAAUUAGCGAAAGCAGUUGAACUCGCUGUCAUCGAUACAGUCAUGAGGCAUCCAAUGCUGCGGGUUGGCAUGGCGGAGGCCACUUCCAAGACACCCUCAUGGGUCCAGCUGGAGAGUCUCGACUUAAAGCAGCAUAUCAAUUGGAUAUACGUCGAAGGAAAUGAGAACUUCGACAAAUGUGUCCAAGAGAUCUUCGCCGCUAAGCUCGACGAACGUUUUCCGGACCUUUGUAUCAAGCAGCCGGGCUGGUGGAUCACCAUUCUUCGGCAAGGAGAUGCUCCUGUGAUGGAACUCCUACUGACCUGGAAUCUCACCCAAUUUGACGCAGUGGGUGCCAAGGUAUUCCACGAAGACUUGGUCGAGAUGCUGAACGCGGAGCACGGAGCGUGCGAGCGAACGAAGCCAAAUGGCGAUAUCCUCAAACUGCCUCAGGCUGCGCCCGUGCUUCCAGAUCCGAUUGAGGGCCUGACAAGUCUCCCAGUAGGCCUCAGAUACCUCGCCAGGUCAAUAUGGGACGAAAUUCGGCCUCCCUUUCUUAGCCGGGACGCGUCACAAGCCGGUUGGUGUCCGAUUCGCACCACCCCGUACAAGACCCAAUACCGGGCCUUUUUCAUAGAAGAGGCAUCACUGGUCGCGGUCCUGAAACUUUGCCGAAAGAACAAGACCACAGUCACGGCACUUAUUCACGGGCUUGCACUUAUAGCCUUCUCAUCGCACCUCAACAGCAACGCCGCCCCCGCCUUCCAAAGCUCUACCAUCGUGGACCAUCGCAGGAAUCUACCGCCCGCUCCACGGGGCGUUCCAUGGGUGUCAUAUGACAGGGCAGUGGCGAAUUAUGUGACAUCCGCGGUCCAUAAGUACGACCGCAGCUUAGUGAAGCGAGUGCGCUCGAAGCUGCGGGCUGAUACCAGCGAGAAAAAGAAAAUGUCUCCGAGCCUGCAACGCGAGCUCUGGGCCGUUUCUUCACGCAGUCGCCAGGAGAUAGUGUCCAGGUUGGACAAGGGGGUGCGAAACGACCCGGUCGGGGUGUUCAAGUACGUCACAGACUGGCAGCAGACGAUGAGGGACCAGGCGAGCAAGACCCGCCAGUUCUCAUGGUUGAUAACCAACAUCGGCGUCGUAGAGGGAAGGGGCUCAAAAGGGUCAAGUACAAAGUCAGAAAAGCCCGACGAAGCAACUAAUGGGGGCCCCGGACCCAAGGGAGACGGUGAGAAGUGGUUGAUUGAGCGGGCGCAGUUCGGCCUCAGCGCCGAGGUCCCGGCUGCCGCCAUCGAGUUCUCCCCAGUCAGUGCCGCUGGCGGAGGGAUGAGUGUCGGAGCCAACUGGCCAGACUGCGCUGUGGACUCAAAGCUAGGAGAGCGCAUCAUGGCUGACAUGGAGAGGUGGUUAAAUGAACUGGCGUCCCAGUCAUGAUAUUAUAAAUACCCGCCAUAGGAGUUCAUCACCUCACGUUGCAUCUUUGCGAUGCCUGUAAUAUU